AUGGCUUUAAACACUACAACAUUUGCUAAUUCUAUGCUCCAAUUUUGUAUGCUAAUAGUUUGCAUUUUACAUGUAAACGUUGCUUCAAAUGUUAAUUUUGACAUUCAAACAUAUCUUGAUUGCCUUCCUAAACAUUCAUCCAAUGCUAUAAAUUUGAUCACAAAUGUGAUCUAUACUCCCAAAAAUGCUUCAUUUUUGUCAAUUUUAAAUGCAAAUGUCAAAAAUCUUCGAUUCAACACAUCAAAAACACCUAAACCUUUAGCCAUAAUAACACCUUUAGAGGCAUCACAUGUACAAGCUAGUGUAAUAUGUGCUAAGAUACAAGGAUUAGAGAUGAGGAUACGUAGUGGAGGUCACGAUUAUGAUGGUCUUUCUUAUGUAUCACCGAACCCAUUUGUAAUCCUCGAUCUUUUUAACCUUCAUUCGAUUUCUAUUGAUUUAGCUAGUGAUACCGCUUGGGUUCAAAGUGGUGCAACUCUUGGGGUGUGCCCGUCUGUUGGAACAGGCGGGCAUUUUAGUGGUGGGGGUUAUGGUAAUAUGCUUAGGAAAUUCGGUUUGACAGUUGAUAAUAUAAUUGAUGCCGAAAUUGUAGACGCUAAUGGUGUGAUUCAUAAUAGGACUACUAUGGGGGAAGAUCUUUUUUGGGCUAUUAGAGGAGGUGGUGGAGCUAGUUUUUGUGUUAUUUUAUCAUGGAAGAUUAAAUUAGUCCAAAUCCAUGAAAUUGUCACCACUUUUCAAGUAGAAAAAAGUUUAGAACAAGGGGGAAUUGAAAUUUUUGAUCAAUGGCAACAUAUUGCACCUAAUUUAGAUCCGAAUUUGUUCAUUAGAGUUGAAGUUUCUCUUCCAAAAAAAACCGAAAAUGAAAAUAAGACGGUAAUAUUUAAAUUUAUUUCUUUAUUCCUAGGACGGUCCGAUGCACUUGUUGAACAAGUAAAUCAGUUUCUUCCUUUACUAAACUUAACAAAAGAUGAAUGCACCGAGCAAAGUUGGAUUAACUCGACCUUAUUUUUUUAUGGUUUACCAAACAAUACUUCUCUUGAAGUUUUGCUUGAAAGAGUUCCGGCCUUGGGUUUGACAUAUGAAAAACACAAGUCAGAUUAUGUAAAACGACCAAUUCCUAAACCGGGUUUAAUAGCAUUAAGUAAGAAAUUAGUUGAAGUUGAGAAUGUAACAAUGCAAUUUAAUCCUUACGGAGGAAAAAUGAGUGAAAUUCCAGAGAAUGCAACACCAUUUCCUCAUAGAAAGGGGGUUUUGUGUAAGAUUCAAUAUCUUUGUAAUUGGAAAGAGAACUCGAAUGAGGUUAGUCGUAAAAAUAUCAUGGCCACACAAAUCAUUCAUAGUUUUAUGACUCCAUAUGUAUCAAAGAAUCCGAGGGAGGCCUUUUUGAAUUAUAGGGAUAUCGAUAUUGGAACUAAUGCGAAUAAGAGCUUAUCUUUUGCGCAAAGCUACUUUAAAGGAAACCUUAUCAGGUUAUUGAUGGUCAAGGCUAAGGUUGAUCCUAAUAAUGUUUUUAGCUUCGUCUUCGUCAAACUCUCUAUCCUAUCCUACAUGGACACAAUUCAAAAUUUUUUGGAAAAUGUUGUAAUAUAA